AUUUUUAUUUAGGUGUAUAUAUUUGUAUUCGUAAUGAGUAGUUUAACGUGACAAUUUGUUGGACCUUCAAGGUGUAUGUUUUAUUGAUAUUGAGCAGCACUCUUCUGGUUUGUUCUUGUCGUAUUUCGUUUAUUUUUUCAGCAAUUGAACUGGGUUGGAGUAAAUAUUCUAAAAUGUUACUUGAAUUAGUUAUUUGGCCCUUCCGGUUGUAUAGUUUAUGGAAAUAGAGUACCCCUCUUCUCUCAUUCAUUUUUCAGCAAUUUACUUUGAUUGUAUAGAUGAAUUCUUUUAAAUAUUUUAGCACAAUCAUUAGAUGAAUCAGUUUGUUGGACGUUUGGGGAGUAUAUUUUAGAGGAAAUUACUAAGACUUGGCUUGCUCGUAAUUUUUUUGUGUGUGAUUUUCUCACAUCUAAAACUGGUGCUUUUUUUUAAAUCUUUUAACUGAUUGUCAAGAGGUCAUUUCCUAUGAAAAUUGCAUAAGUCUAAGAAUGAUAUGCCACAGUUUCAGGUAUUAGCACCAAAAAUCAACCUAAGUUUCUGCCUUGUGUUUAUAAGCUUUAGAAUAGAGAACCAAAUAAGAAAUAGCCUAAGUGAGAAAUCUCAAAAUUGUUAAAAUUAUUCAAAAUAUAAAUCUUAGUAUUGCACAAUAUUGAAUGAAUUCUGGAAUUUGAUUUAUAAUGAAAAACAAUUCAUCUGAUUCCUUGUUUCUGGUCAUGUCUUCAAGGGUGAUUGGCCUGUAGAAGUUGAAGGGACAACGUUUCCACCUCGGUAGGUCAGGACUUGGAGGAAGAUCCUAGAAUAAAGAUGUUGAAUAGGGAAUGGUUUGAAGGUAAAAAAUGCCUUGACAUUGGCUGCAAUAGUGGGUUGAUCACAAUCGCAAUAGCAAAAAAGUUCUGCUGCCAGAGCAUUCUUGGAGUUGACAUUGAUGGUGAUAGAAUUGAAGAUGCACGUUGGACUCUUAGGAAAGUUGUGAAGACGAAUGCUAUUAAAUUACCUUCCAUGACACCCAAAUCAGCAGAUGUUAAUGGGUUACAGAACCAGACAACUAAAUCACCAACUGAAAUGACACUGGAGAAGUCAAUUGAUACUCCUUGUUUGCAGGGAGAAGAUCUCUUUGACAUAGUCUCUUUUCAGAAAGGAAAUUUUGUUCAGAAUUGGAGGCCACCGGAAGAUAACUACGAUACAAUUCUUUGUUUAAGCGUGACAAAAUGGAUACAUUUGAACUGGGGUGAUGAAGGAUUAAUCACUUUGUUUUGGAAAGUCUGGAAGCUUCUUCAACCGGGCGGUGUUUUCGUUUUGGAACCCCAACCAUGGAGCUCGUAUCAAAAUAAUCGGCUUGUGUCUGAGACAGCAGCAGCUAAUUAUAAAACAAUUCAGAUACCACCUCAAGAUUUUCAGGAUAUACUUCUAGACAAGAUUGGAUUCCGCAAAGUAGAGAACUUAACUUCCAGAUUAUCUGGUAGCAAAUCUGGAUUUAACAGACCGAUAUUGGCUUUCUGGAAAUGAAUAGUUUCGGCACCUAUCGAGAAGUAGUUUUUUUAGCCGAUAAAUAUCUUGAGGUAAACAUUGUUUGAAUACACCAUUAUUAGAAUUGAACAGAGGGAUGUGCUGUAAAAGUGUUUUCUACCCUAUAAUCUCUCUCAUACGGUUCCCCCUCGUCUAUUUUAUUAGUUUCCAGCUGAUCAUCCUGCCUGAAAAAAACGAAUGCUGAAUAAAACAGUCCUAUCAAUCUUUCGUUUCA